AAUGAGUUUUAAAAGCUAAAAAUGGAAACAUUCUUGACUGGCUAAGUCAUUCAGCUGAUCUGAAUACAAUUGAGCAUGUGUUUCAUAUGCUGAAGAGAAAACAUAAGGCCACUAGCCACCAAAACGCGCAGCUGAAGAUGGCUGCAGUACAGAUCUGGCAGAGCAUCAGAGGAGAUACUCAUCACCCGGUGAUGUCACCUGGUGAUGUCUGUGGGUUGUAGACUUCAUGCAGUCAUUGUAUGAAAAGGAUAUGCGACAAAGCACUAAACAUGACUACUUUCAUGGACAUAGCAUUAAAGGGGAAUUGCACUUUAUAACACUUCUGCUUCUCAUGACUGAUAUUGUCCUUCUAAUGAAUGUGUCGCCAUUAAUUUUUCGAUUAGUUAUUUCAUUAUGUUAAUAUUUUACGCUGUUUUGUUGUUUUCCUUUACAAAUGCAGGAAGUAGACCCAGGCAGUUUAGUGUCGAACUCAAGGAUGCAUAUCAUUGCACGACAUCUGAUGUGGGCGUACCUGCAGACAAUAACAUUAGGUUGGUCGUAGAAAUAGUGUUGUAUUACUACUAGCUAGCGAAACCGAAAAUGUCUGAGGACAAAAUAAAUGGAUGGUGGCAACCUUAUAACAACAGCCAGCAAGCUGUUUAACUGUUACCGUAGACAUUCUAUGUAUCACAGAGAGACGCGUUAGCCAGUCCGCUUAGUACCUACCUCGAGCAGUUCAAACAACAAUGGGAAAACGUGAACAGAGCAUCUGCCAGGCCCGGGCCUCAGUGAUGGUCUACGAUGAUACCAGCAAGAAAUGGGUGCCGAUAAAACCUGGACAGCAGGGAUUCAGUCGUAUCAACAUCUACCACAACACUGCGAGCAACACCUUUCGUGUGGUGGGCGUCAAACUGCAGGACCAGCAGGUAGUGAUAAACUACUCCAUAGUGAAAGGCCUGAAGUACAACCAGGCCACGCCCACCUUCCAUCAGUGGCGUGAUGCCAGGCAGGUCUACGGUCUCAACUUUGCCAGCAAAGAGGAGGCCACCACUUUUUCCAAUGCCAUGCUGUUUGCCCUCAAUGUGCUGAACACUCAGGAAGGAGGUCCAGCUGGCCAGCGGCAGGUCCAGAAUGGACCCUCCACAGACGAUGCAGAGGGACAGAGGAGAAUGAUGGAGCAGCAGCAGCAGCAGCAGAUGCAGGCGCAAAUAGAGAGGGAGCGACGGACAUCCGCAUCAGUCUCCACCCUUCAGUUUAAAGUGUGUCCGUCUCCCUACCAGUCCGAAGCUCCCCCUCCUGAGUACAGACACUAUCGAGCCAGCACCUUGCCUCCCCCUUCCUAUGCCAGAGUCACCUCCUCCCCCUCCUCUUGCUCCUCUUCGUCCUCCCAGGGCACAGAGGUGGUCUGCCCCCCUCAGCAGGCCCAGACCUCCCAGCUGAGCACCUCGCUGGCCUCGGCCUUCUCCCCAGUGCAGUCCGGGGUGGGGGGCGCUCAGUCCCGUAACGUGCGGCAGAUCCCCAUUUCCCCCCCAACAACCCCCCGGCACCAGGGCCGUAAGCUCCCCCCCAAGCAUGGCACCUGGUCCUCCCCCUGCUCAUUCUCUGCUCAGCCAUCUUCGCCUCCCAAUGUGACUGUGUCCCUCCAGCCUCUGGCCCUUCCUUUGCCCCCCCUCAGAGCUCCUCCCUCCAUCCUGGCCUCCCUCUCACCAGAGGAGCACUGCCCCUCCAAGCCAGGCUCCACCUCUCGUACACUUCCCCUCAAAAAACCAGAGGGCUCCUUUGCAUCCAGCUAUGAGGCUGCCCCCCUCCCUGCUCUGAUUGGCCAGCAGGCCCAGGGCCCCGCCCAUCAGCUCCCAUUCCCUUCCUUUCAAGUGCAACAGCUACACCAGGCCACGCCCCCCUUCAACUCUUCACCCCCCUCUUACAACACUCAGUCUGAAGGGGCAGCACCCAAGAAGACCCCCACGCUCACACCCAACUCCUGUCCUGCUGUCCCACCAGGGCAUCCCUCUGUACUCUCAGUGGCUCCUCCCAUUGCUGCACCAGCCCCUGCACUGGUGGGGGGGCCCCCACCUCCGCCGCCCCCACCGGGCCCUCCACCGCCUUCCUCAGGGGCCCCACCACCUCCCCCUCCGCUGCCGGCUAGUGGAGGGCCUGGGGGACCAGGGGAGGAGGCCCCCUCAGGGCUGGCUGCUGCACUAGCUGGGGCCAAACUGCGGAGAGUGCAAAGAUCUGAGGAUGGCUCAGUGGGGGCCAGCGCCGGUGGUGCCAAGAGCGAUGCCAACAGGAGCAGCGGGGGUGGGGGCGGGGGUCUCAUGGAGGAGAUGAAUGCCCUGCUGGCACGAAGAAGAAAAGCAGCUACGCAGACAGAAAAACCAGGGGACAGGAAAGAGGAUGACAGCCAAAAUGAGGACCCAAACUCACCCAUCACCCGUGUUCCUGGCCAGCCCAACUCCACAGAUCCAGUGAAGAAGCCAUGGGACCGAGCAAAUUCUGCCGAGAAGUCUUCGUUGGUAUCCAGGGUGAGACCAAUUGGCAGCAGCAGUGACACAGACGCCUUAGACUUUGACAGAAUGAAGCAGGAAAUUUUGGAGGAGGUUGUACGUGAAUUGCACAAAGUGAAGAAUGAGAUCAUUGAUGCCAUUCGACAUGAACUCAGUAGAAUUAGCACGACAUAAUCUCUCAGAACAGCAUGAAGACAGCAGGAAGUGCUGGGGUUGCCAGGAGAGGGCUCGGCUAACAAGCAACCUUCUCUCAACAUUGCUGUGACAUCACGGUAACAACGUUGCCACGUCGUUACAGGAGCGUUGCGUGAAUGUUAUGAGUCAGCUAGGGGGAGAGAAGGUGGGAAGGGGAGAGAUGGAGGACACUCGCACUGAAUUAUCUAGAUUCUAUUUUUUUCUCUGAACAUUUAGAGACUGAGCCUGGUUUGCAGCUUGCUGCUCUGUCUGCUAAAAGUCUUAAAGAAAUUUUGAUGAAGUCGAACUUGUUUUCUAGAAUUUUCUUGUUUUACUUUUUGUUAAUUAUUAAUAAUAUAAUUCUUGUUGUUAUAUAUCAUUUUUCACACAAGCACUGCACACCAUUUUAUGUCAGCUUUUUAUAUUUUAGAUUGGGUAAUUGAAUUAUUUUCCACUUUGGUUGUUGAAAUGCAUUAGCACAUGCAGUUGACCUCAGUACGGUAUCAUCUUUAAAAGAGAUUUUUUAUCCUUUUGCCAACACAUAUAUGAAAUCACUGGACUUCUUUAAAAAAAGAAGAUUGAACCUGAAAUUAUUGUGAAAGAAAUAAAAAAUGUUGCUUUUUGAAUAUUGCAACUUUAUUUACAACAUAUUGAUACAUCAGGAGUUGUUUGUGAUCUUGCGGUUAAUAAAAUGUUUACUGGCUGCAAGAUAAUGGUGAAGUAUUGUUCGUUUUAUUAUUCCCCUUUUUGACCAAGUGCUUCCUGGUUUUCAAAAAUGAAAAAAAAUAGUAGAAAGAAAUUUUGAAAAAAAAAAAAUCAAUUUCAAUAAAACUGUGAACAAUA